CCCCCCUCCGUUUCCUCUCCAACCGCUGCACGUCUUCAACAUGCUGCCGAUCAGAUGAUACCUGUUUGAUUUGUCACCGCGCCAUGUCCUUAUGUCGGACUGAGCUGGACCAUGAAGUUAUGGGGCAGUCUGACCACUUGUUUGACACUGCUCAGCGCCGUGCGCGCCGGCCGACCGCAGCCCGCGUCCACCGAGAGUAACGGGCGCGCCCCCGAGAGUCCCCUGGAGCUCCCGCCGGUUCAGGUCCGCUUCUCUGUCACUUCCCCGAGCGUCAGGCGCGCCGAGGCUGCCGCGGCGGGUUGGAGAGACACGCUGGCGGCAGGAGAAGCAUCCCCCACGGAGGAACCAACCCCAAACGAGUUUGAGGACAUGGUGGACUUCAUCAAAGUGACCAUCAGCAGAAUGCGUCGCUCUCCCUCAUCCACCACCUCCUCCCCCUCCCAAGAAGGAUGGAGCAGCAGGACUCAAAACAGAAGGGGGAGGAAGAAAGGGGCGACCCGGCAGAGGGGAGGGCGCAGAGGGAGAGCCAGAGAUGGGGGAGCCGGGAGGAAGGCCGGGGGAGGAGGACGAGGCUGCGCGCUCAAACAGAUCCACCUCAACGUGACGGACCUGGGCCUGGGCUACCGCUCCAGCGAAGAGAUGAUAUUUAGGUACUGCUCGGGACCCUGCAGGAAGUCAGAGACCAACUACGACAAAAUCCUCCACAACCUCGCUCACAACAAGAGGCUUCCCCCUAAAGACACACCCCCUCAGGCCUGCUGUCGACCGACCGCGUUUGACGAUGACCUCUCCUUCCUGGACGACAACCUGGUCUACCACACUGUGAGGAAGCACUCCGCCAGGAGGUGUGGAUGCGUGUAGGCAGUGCGUCGGGCUUUGUGUGGCUUUACAUUUGAUCCAAACCUUUGGAGUAUGCUGUUGAGUGUUUGUCUUCUGACGUGCCUCGCUGUGAGGACACCUUGGGGCAGUACGUGGGGACAUGUAGAACCUCUGGAGGAAUCCUUAAUGGGGAGGAGGUGUCUUUUUAUCCCAAAGCAAUAAACCUCAUCUUCCUCCAAUACAUCUACAGCUUCCUUAAUACGGUUCACACCUGACAUCGCUAAUGUGUACGGAGCGCUUUUUAACGUUUCCACGGAUACUCAACCUAAAUACCUGAAAUCAAUCACAAACAAUGGAUGAUUGAGCAGAAUUAACUUUUCACCUGUAUAGCACAUACAGCAAAACACACGUAUGAAAUGUAUUUAUGAAAAUCUUGAAUUCAUUAACUUAUUGAUAUUUAUUUUUUGUUUUUUAUAAAAGGGUCAAGUGUUAUUUAUUACUGUAGUGUGAUAAUUUAGAGUGUGCCAAAGGUUUAGAAAUAGUAAAGCAGUACAAUAUUAAGUGGUUUACAUUCCAAAAGAAAUGUAUAGGUUCCCUUUGGAGUUGAUUUAUAACAAAAGACUUUAAAAGGUUUUCCUUCUGAAAAAACAAUUUGCGAAUCAGAUUUAACAAAAAAAAUGUUGGACGCUGUAUGAAUCAUCACCACCUGCUUUAUCAAAUGAAGCACUGCUCAUUCGAGUAGUCCAAAACGCCACAGGACACCUUUCACUUGUUCCUUUAUCCUCAGCGGGUUGCCGCUUACAGCGUUGCAGUUAUUUCCUUUCAUUUGAAUGCAUUAUUUCCUGUUUUUGUUUUUAACUAUGAGGAGAAAAGACAUUGUUGUCCUCCUGAUUAAAAGAAUAGUUGUUUAUUAGCUGCUUAAUUUGUGUCCUUCCCUUGGAUGAAUUGCUAUGUAAAUCAAACAAGAUUUCCUUUAGAAUAACUACAGCUUUAUUUUUAUACGUUAAUUACUAUUAAAUUGUCUAAUUUAAUUAUGAAUAAAUGCAUUGUAGACGGUGUAGUGUAUUCUGAUUACUUACACAUAGGAUUUUGUGUUUUGGCUGUGGAGGAGUUCAGCAGGAAAACAUUACACCGCAGAGUUUUAAACACACUUACAUUAACAGAAAUGAAUCGUUGUGUCUUUUUUUGUGUGGAGGAGGAACAAGAGAGCAAGGGGACAACAGAGAUCCACCUUUGUAAUACACGAGGGAAGAAUAGACUUUGAUGCGAUCGAAUGACAAAAACGGGCCUUUACCACAGCGGGUGGCGUGUCCAUGCCCACACUAAAGUAAAGCACAGUACCUGAGAAUAAAAGGAAGGUGGGACAAUAGUGAUGCAAGGAAGGACGAUGGAUGAAAGAUACGUGUUUACAACACAAAGGAGACGAGCUUUGGAGUUGGCAGAGGAUGGGAGGGCAACCAAAAGAGUCUGAUUGAAAGAUGGCGGCCGUCCGGAAUAGACAAUGAUGUAGUUGGAGAAAAGGAGGAGGGAUGUUGCUUGUAUGUGUGAUGGACAUCUGAUCCUCUCACGUUUCACACCCCUCCCUCCGCCCCGGCCGACAAACUGCAGGGGAAAACUGGGCAUGGCCAAGUCUCUCGUACUUUCCUAUGCAACUCAUUAUCUCUACAAACGAGCCUGUGAUGCUCCGUCAGACAAUGUGCAACCAGAGCUAAA